AUGGCAAUUUGCCUCACACUGGCGCUCAUCUGCCAAGUCAUUUGCCUCCCCUCGUCCGAACUUCGGACCACGAGACCGGCGGGGUUUGACCUCGAACCUGCCAUUGCGGAAAGAUUAUCACAAAAGAGCCCCGACAGCAGUAUCCGCGAUCUGAGAGAUGUCUUCGGCUUAGACGGCGACAAUGAAGACAGCGGUACUGCCUCCGCUCUGCCCGAGGUAUCAAAACGCAUCUCCCUGCAACAGAGGGGCAUGUUGCGCCGUAUUGUCUACGAAGUCUCCCACUGCAUGCGUCCCUGUCUGAAUAACGGAAUAACUCUUUUGCCGAGAAACACGGUCGACCUCUGUCGCUGCGUAUGUCAACCCGGAAAUUAUGGUCUCGCAUGUGAGUACGAGCUGACAGAGGAGGAAAAACGUUUGCAUCGCUAUUCAUAUUGA